CGGCUCAUACGCACAUGAGAAACGACUCGCUCAUGCGCUUAUUAAUAUUCUGAGGUACAUGUGAUUGUAAGGAUAUGUCUUUGAAGGGGAAUUACAUUGGAGUAUCCAAUGGAGCUAUGACGCUGGCCGUUUCUGAUGGAGAGCUGAAUGUGCUGGAGAUAGAUGAGCGAGCAGUGACGCAGUACUCCAGCAGUAACUCCAGUCUGCCCACUGUACCCACUGAAGGAGCCAGAGGAGUGGGCCAGGUGGCCAGCUGGGCUGUUAGCUUUGAGAGGCUGCUGGAAGACCCUAUGGGCAUUCGCUAUUUCACAGCAUUCCUGAAAUCUGAGGUCAGUGCUGAGAACAUCUUAUUCUGGCUGGCUUGCGAGAAGUACCGCAAGAUACCUGCCCAUCAAACUGAACAGUUGAGAAGAGAGGCUCACUUGAUUUACAACAGCUUCCUGUCCAGCAAUGCAACCUCUUCCAUCAACAUAGAUGACAGGGUACGAGUGGAGGAGAGAGAUGUACAAAACCCCCAUCCUGAUAUCUUUGAAAAGUCCCAACAACAGAUCUUCAAGCUGAUGAAGUUUGACAGCUAUACUCGCUUCGUGCGCUCACAGCUCUAUCAGAGCUGCAUGCUGGCUAAUGUGGAGGGCAGACCACUACCGGGACCCGACUCACGUGGCAAACUCCUCACUUCAGCCAGACACACCAGCACUUCACCCAAGGAGCAAGUCAAAGCUGACAGCAGAAAUAAAGAGUGGUUAAAGGUCAAGCCAAGUACAGCAGAGGCUGAUGAUGUGGUUGAGAGGAGGAAGGCCAAGGACAAACGCAAAGAGAAGAGAGAAUCUUGGGGAGAACCAUCUUUCAGCUCCAAGACGGCACUGAGGAGUUCAGAGGCUGAGAAAUUAGUGGCACGUUCUGCAGAAGGAAAGGCUGAUAAGUACUGCUGUGUGUUCCUGCCUGACGGCACAGCCUCUCUGACCCCGGCCCGACCCGGUCUCACCGUCCGUGACAUGCUCACCGGCGUGUGUGAGAAAAGAGGUCUUCCUCUGUCAGACAUCAUCAUCUACCUACAUGGCAAAGAUAAACAACCACUAUCUUUGGAUCAGGACAGUUCUGUACUGAAGGACCAGCAGGUGUUUUUGGAACUGAGGGUAACUUUUGCAGUAAAGGUAGCAUUUACAGGUAAGACCAUGGCCGUUGUUGUAAAGUCCAAUAAGAUGCUGCAGGACGCCCUUGCUGCAAUGCUUAACAAAUACCGCCUCAGGCCGCAGGACGCCACCGUUACCAUGGGUGGAAGUGGACACAUAAUAAGUAUGAACACCCCUGUCACAUUUCUGGCCAAUAAGACACUAAUUCUAAAUAGAGCUGUGGAUGAAACCAACAACUCAAAGAGUCUCCCACCUCCUUCAGUACAUGACCGGAGAGGUGCUGUGGAUGCAAACAUGUUCCCUACAGGAAUUCUCAGAUCAACCGCCAGACAGAAGAACCCUGGACUGAGGAGAACCUAUGACAUGGAAGGUUUGGUGGAGUUGAUGAACCGAGCCCAGUGCUGCAGCGCUGAUGAUCAGAGAGGCCUCCUGAAGAAAGAAGAUCUGAUGUUACCUCAGUUUCUCCAGUUACCCCUGGGGGAGGUUGAGGACACAGAGACGAGCACAUCACUGGACGAGUCUUGUUCUAAUAUGAGCUCUCUCGAAAUGGAUUCUCCUGCUGUUCCAAACUCACCAGACCCACCUGAGAGCGGCUGUUCAAACCCAGCUCGAGAAACUGUGGUGUGAACGUAUGACUCAAUGGACACUGUUUGCUUCAAUAAUCAUUCACACUGGAAUUCAGAAUAGAUGAAAUAUGUUUCAAUAUGGGACAGUGGUGGUCUUUAACGGACACUUGUCAUUCAGACUUAAUAAGCAAAUGCAAAGACAUGUUGUUUACAGUAGAUGAGAUUCGAUGUUGUUGUCCGGCUGCUUGUAUUUAUUAUCGAUUCUCCUCAAACAAUACAUUGUACAGUAUGUGUUUUCAUGAAGACGUUGCUUAGUGCUGUUAAGAUAACACAAUUGAAUUGUCAAUCACCAAAAUGAAAAGAUCAUGAUGUUGUUUCUAUUUGGAAUGACUUGCACUAAUAAUCCUUGCUCAUUAGGUCCAGUAAUGUAUAUUAAAAAACGUACAUAAUAAGAUAUUUUGAAAAAUAAUCAUCUUUAACAGUUUCUCUCUUAGUUCUGCUUCACCCGCCCUGAGGGUGAACAAAGAAAGAAUGACAUAGAUGGAGCUAAAUUGGGGGGG